AGCGCGGCUCUUACCCCCCGACCGGCGCCAUGCCGUGGCUCUUACAGCUGCAGCUGAUGCUGCUGGCAUGCAGCUGCUCGGCAUGGCCCAACCUUCACUUCGGCUGUCCUUCAGCCUCUGUCUGCUCAGCUUCAGACUACCAGCAGGGCGGCAUGUUCAACAACUCGAUCUUGUCGUUCUUUCCAGGAGAUCCGGCAUGCUCCGAGACCUACAAGAUCUGUGCUUACAACUCCUCAUGCUCUGACUGUAGUUCUUCAUUGUACAUGUAUAUGGAUCCCACCAAGCGCCCACCUCCAGGCUUCGCGCUGACACGCUCAGAUUCGCAAGGGAACUACGUGUGUUACAAGUUUGGUUGGAAUUCCACUUCGCUGGUUUCAGAUUUCCGGGGAAAGGUUGCAGUGACAGUGUUUCUGACCAACGAGGAGGUAACGAAUAGAGUCUACAAGUAUUACGACAGGUUGGACCUCGUCCUCAUGACGACCACUUGCCGAUACUGCGUCGCGCCAUCGCAGAGCCUGAGCGAUGUCGCGGCACUUUACGGGACGACGGUAUCGAACCUGAGGAUGGCGAACCCGAUGGGGCUGGAGGACAUGACGAACGCGGAUGCUCGUCUGAACCAGUCGCUUCCCAUCAACGUGGGAGUCGUUUACCGGGUCAUGCCCGGCGAUUACUUCGACCUGCUUGCACGCAGGUUCUACAUGACGCUCAGUCAGAUCCUGCAAGUGAAUUCCGGAAUCAGCAACAACGUGCUGCAGCCGGGCGACGAGCUUUGUAUCGUCCCAUCCAUCUGUAAGAUUAAGUGCAACUACCCAGCACAAUGUACAGUCGCAGUGUAA